AAACGGACCCAAUGAUUAUUACUCUCCAACCCCCUAAUAUACACUUUUUUACUAAUAAUUUACCCAUCAAAUUUUACUUUUACCAUCACAUCAAAAUUAAAAUUGAAAUCAACCACAAAUAUACACUUUUUAUUCCUUCUAAAAGUCAAAAUAGGAAUCGCUUUAUGAAAAGAAAAGGAGUAUAUAGUAUUCAUUCUAUGAACACAUCUAAAAUCAAAUAAUAUUCAAAUUUUCAAUAGCAUUAUAUUAUUAUUAACUCGAAUUUAUUUAUCUAGAAAAUGUUUCCAAUGUAAAAAUGGUAAGAACAAGAGAUGAGGAAUGAUAAAGGGGACCAAAGGGUGCACAUUACUCACAAGAGGUUUUCUCCUAACCCUUCUCCUCCCAUGGUCCAUCAUCUUCUCCUCAUCCCCCCACGCAGCCGCCUCCACUCCUCCGGCGAGCACCACCGGCGGCGGGACGCUGUACGGGCACUUCGACCUCCACGAGUUCUCCGGGCGCUCGGAGCCGGCGGAGAGGUUCCUGAUGAAGAAGGAGAGGGCCCACUUGGGGUGGAUGAGGGGCUUGGGGCAGAGGAGCGGCGGGUAGUGCCAGUUGAGGUAGCAGGGGACUUGGGCGGCGAUGAAGUACUGUGAGUGGAGCGGCGGCGGCGACGGCGUGGGGCUGGUUAUGAUGUGGGUUAGGGCGUGGAGUCUUUG